UUAGGGAAUCGAGAAACUUCGAGUUAUGAGAGAGAGAGAAGAUGGAGGAGGAGGAUCAGGAAACGAGGCGAAACACAUCAAGAAGAAGAAGAUCAAUCAUCAUCAGCCUCAAAGACAUUCCUCCUUUGGAUCCUUCUUCUAUCCCCCCCACUAACUCCUCUCUGAAGGCAAGGACAAUGAUGGUGCCAGAUAGUGUGCCAAAGCAGAGAUACUACCAAGAGAUGAGUGAGUUGAAGCUUGAAGAAGAUAAUGUCAAAUCUUCCUUCUCUAACAUUCAGAUCGAUCCUAAUAGCACAAGAAGCGUAAGCACGACACAAGAGAAUCAUCCUGUUCCUAAACCAGAAGAUGACGCUAACUCAUUAUCUAAAGAUGAAUCUAAGAAAGGGUCUGCAAAAUCGGUGUUACAUGAAUUAUGUAUUUCCAAGCGAUGGAAACCUCCUGUUUAUGAUUGUUGCAAUGUCCAUGGACCUUGUCAUAUGAGAUUAUUUACAUACAAAGUUGUGGUUGAGAUUAGAGAUUCUUCAGGAACAACAACUGUUUUGGAAUGUUUUGGUGAUCCCAAACACAAUAAGAAAGCUGCUGCUGAGCAUGCAGCUGAAGGAGCUCUCUGGUAUCUUGAUCAUGUAAAGGGGAAAACAUCAUCUACUCCGAUGAAGUAGUAACCUGAGAGUCUAGUAGAGUCUUUCUACAUUUUUCUAAAUAGGGAGGGAUGCUUAACAUAAGAUUACUCUACCUGUCAAUUCGUUGUAGCUCUAUUUUAUAAGAGUUCUAAUGUAAAACCUUAUCAGGUUUGUAAAGGUAAUAAAUAAAACAAGAAUAUCUCAUAACAAAUAAAGCAGCCAACAGCCACUGCUAAUCAAAG